CUUGAUUUAACAGCUGUUGAAAUUUAUACCCAACUUAGACCAACUAGAGAUGGGACAAUUUUGAGUAUUAACGAUAAUAGUAUUGGAAAUCGAAUACAUGUUUAGUUAGGUCGUUUUUAACUAUUUUAUUGUUUGCAGUGAAAAAUCUUGUGGGAGAAUUGGAGAGCAUCAACAAUGAAUCGUUUACAACACUAAAUAUUUGAUAAACAAGAGGAUAUGUUGAUUUUAAUACAUACAAUUAAUUUCACGAAUGCGGAAAACUAAAAAAUAAAUCGUUCCUAAAUCUUUUAAACUUUGGAAAUAUCUUUAUAUAAAAGCGCUAUUAUAAUGGAUUCGAUGAAGAUAUGUCGUGCAUGUCUAUCGCCCGAAGGACGAGUCCAUCUAUUAGAUUGGUAUCAGCCUGUUGACUCAUUGGAAUACGUUUUAUCAUACAAAGAGUGUUUUUGCAAAUGUACCCAGAUAAAAAUGAGUUUAAAAGGCGACUCUAACGAAAAUAAUGAAAGCCAAACACAAUUUUUAUGCUACUGUUGUGCUAAAAAGCUAAAGGAUGCUUAUAUUUUUAUUGAAAAGGCAAAGCAAGCAGAUAACGAAUUACGUUGCAUGGGGAUACGGCAUUUCCCCGUUGGAGAUGUUACAAGCAAUUUCGAAUGGGUAGCAGUAAAAGCAAAACAAAUUGAUGCAGAAAUUACUACAGAAAGCAAGUUCUGCGUUGAUGUUAUAGAGAUCAAAAAUGUAUGCCAUGAUCAUGAAACAAACGGGAAAGAAAUUGUUUUAUUAAAUGAUCAAGAACAGAGAAACAGUGAUUUGAAGAUAGAAAAUGAAUUCGAAGGUCAGAACGAUGGCGAACAUGAAAUUGAAGCAUUAAACUCCAGUGGAUUCAGUAAUUUUUCUAAUAGCACAUUUGAAAGUGAAGUUGAAAAAAUUAAAGGAAAUACAAAAAUUAAUCAAUCUAAAAUUAAAUUGAAAAAAAUGGACGAAUUGGUUAAUUGUGAAGAAUGUAAAAAAACAAUGACAAGGAAGGCAUUGAUAAAACAUAAGCCGCGACACAAACCAAAAAUUUUUCUGUGCCAAGCCUGUCCCAAAACAUUUCGGGAAUACCAUGGUUUAAAGAACCACGAACUUAUUCAUCAAGAAAAUCGCGAAAGAUAUCCAUGCGAAAAGUGCAAUCAAACAUUUUUGUCGCCCUAUUCUUACAAAAAACAUGUCCAAACGCAUGAAAACAAUAGAAAACCGAUUUAUAAAUGCACACAGUGUGAAAAAUCAUUUCUACAUAAAAACGGCUUAACAAUUCACGAACUUCAUCACAAGGGGGCCUCAAUCGAAUGUAAUAUAUGUCAAAAACGAUAUGUUCGAAAAGUAGAUCUUGAUACUCAUUUGCGAACCCACUCGGGAGAAUCUCCAUUUGUGUGUCAAAUAUGUGGCAAAUCAUUUAUUCAUAAACGUAUUCUAAAUCGACACAUGCAAUAUCAUGAAGGCUACUUUAACUACACUUGUUUGACCUGUGGUGAAAAAUUCUCAAAAUAUGACAAAUACUAUUCACAUCGCAUGCGACACACUGGCUUACCUUUUAAAUGUGGUUCAUGCGGAAAACAAUUCCCCGAUGCAUACAAAAUCAAGCGCCAUAUUAGAGGAGUACACAAAAUUGAGAAACACGAUGAAUUAGAAAAGCUGGUAGUGAGAAUAAAUAUAACAAAAGAACGUAGGGGACGAAUAGUGGAAGUUUUAAAAAAUCCGGAGGAGGAAAAACCAACUUAAUUUGAGAUGUUGCGAAUAACUCUUCAAGUUGGUUUAAACGCAAUUAUAAUGUAAUAUUUUACUUGAGAAGUAAACGUAUUUAUUGUGCAAAAGUGAGCAGACCGCACAAUUUCAGAAAUUAUAGGUACCUACACAUAUGGGACCUUUGUAUAGAUAUACUAAUUACAAAGCGUAAACUGCUGAUAAAAUUUUUAAAUUGUAAUAAAAAUAAAAUGAUAUGUGUAUUUGUGUAUGUUAUUCCGUUAA